GAAAGUUUCUUUUUUGUUUGUUGGUUUGUUUUGGAUGAAUCUGCGGCGCUUAAGUUGGCAGAAGAAAGGGGGAAAAAGACACAAUGAAAGAGAAGUCCAAAAAUGCAGCCCGGACUAGGCGGGAGAAAGAAAACAGUGAAUUUUAUGAACUGGCUAAAUUGCUGCCUUUGCCCUCAGCUAUCACGUCUCAGCUGGACAAAGCAUCCAUAAUCAGACUCACAACCAGCUACCUUAAAAUGAGAGUGGUGUUUCCUGAAGGGCUUGGAGAAGCGUGGGGACACUCGAGCCGAACCAGCCCCCUGGACAAUGUCGGUCGGGAACUGGGCUCCCACCUCCUUCAGACCUUAGACGGCUUCAUUUUCGUCGUGGCCCCCGAUGGGAAGAUCAUGUACAUCUCGGAGACGGCCUCCGUUCACCUGGGCCUAUCUCAGGUAGAGCUGACUGGAAACAGCAUUUACGAGUACAUCCACCCCGCUGACCACGACGAGAUGACCGCCGUGCUCACAGCCCACCAGCCCUACCACUCCCAUUUCGUGCAUGAGUAUGAGAUCGAACGCUCCUUUUUCCUGAGGAUGAAGUGCGUCCUGGCCAAGAGGAAUGCGGGGCUCACCUGCGGGGGCUACAAGGUAAUCCAUUGCAGCGGGUACCUGAAGAUCCGCCAGUACAGCCUGGACAUGUCGCCCUUCGACGGCUGCUACCAGAACGUGGGGUUGGUGGCCGUGGGGCAUUCCCUCCCCCCCAGCGCCGUGACGGAGAUCAAACUACACAGCAACAUGUUCAUGUUCCGGGCCAGCCUGGAUAUGAAGCUCAUCUUCCUCGACUCCAGGGUGGCCGAGCUAACGGGAUACGAGCCUCAGGACCUCAUCGAGAAGACCCUCUACCACCACGUCCAUGGCUGCGACACUUUCCACCUGCGCUGCGCCCACCACUUGUUGCUGGUGAAGGGGCAGGUGACCACCAAAUACUACCGGUUUCUGGCGAAGCACGGAGGCUGGGUUUGGGUGCAGAGUUAUGCCACCAUCGUGCACAAUAGCCGCUCCUCUCGACCUCAUUGCAUCGUCAGCGUCAACUACGUGCUCACAGACACAGAGUACAAAGGGCUGCAGCUUUCGCUGGAUCAAGUUACUGCUUCCAAGCCGUCAUUUUCCUACACCAACUCGACUCCCACCAUAACUGACAGCCGGAAGGGAAGCAAAUCCCGCCUCUCCAGCACCAAGUCCAAAUCCAGGACAUCACCAUACCCUCAGUAUUCUGGAUUUCAUACUGAAAGAUCUGAAUCGGACCAUGACAGCCAGUGGGGUGGAAGCCCCCUUACGGAUGCCGCCUCUCCACAGUUGCUCGACUCCUCAGAGCGGCCCAACUCCCAGCACGAGGCUUCCUGUGCCUAUAGGCAGUACUCGGACCGUGGCUCUCUCUGCUACGGCUUUGCCCUGGACCACCCCCGGCUCGGGGACGAUCGUCAUUUCCACACUCAGGCCUGUGAGGGGGGUCGGUGCGAGGCGGGCCGCUACUUUCUGGGGACGCCACAAGCCGGGAGGGAAGCCUGGUGGGGUGCCCGUUCUGCAUUAUCCCUGACCAAGUCCUCGCCGGAGAGCAGGGAAGCGUAUGAAAACAGCAUGCCUCACAUCACUUCGGGGCACCGGAUCCAUGGGAGAGGCCACUGGGACGAAGAUAGUGUGGUUAGCUCCCCGGACCCAGGAUCUGCCAGUGAAUCUGGGGACCGAUACCAUGCCGAGCAAUAUCAAAGCAGCCCCCAUGAACCAAGCAAAAUUGAAACUUUGAUCCGCGCCACCCAGCAAAUGAUUAAAGAGGAGGAGAACAGACUGCAGUUACGGAAAGCUCCCCCCGAUCAACUGGCUUCCCUUAACGGAGUCGGGAAGAAACAAACCCUCUGCUUCACCAGUUACCAGCAGCCACAGCUGACCACCGACAUCUGCCACGGCCCCACGGUGGCCAGCACCUCACCCUGUGAACAUGUUCAGCAGCGUGAUGGGAAGAUUAUGAGCCCGCAGGAAAAUGACUAUGAGAACAGCCCCACCGCCUUGUCUAGGCUAAGUAGUCCCAACUCUGACCGCAUCUCCAAAUCAAGUUUGAUACUAGCUAAAGACUAUCUCCACUCAGAUAUGUCUCCACACCAGACAGGUGACCACUCAACAGUCUCUCCCAAUUAUUACAGCUCCCACCGGCAGUAUUUUGAUAAGCACGCAUACACAUUGACUGGCUAUACCCUAGAGCACUUAUAUGACAGUGAAACCAUUAGAAACUAUUCCUUGGGCUGUAAUGGAGCCCACUUUGACGUGACUUCCCAUUUAAGAAUGCAGCAAGACCCGGCGCAAGGACACAAGGGGACAUCUGUUAUAAUAACCAAUGGAAGCUGAUGUUUUUCUAAACUAGUUUGUGCUUUCAGGAAAUCUUUGAAACCUAGUUGGAACAUACACAUGUUUAAAUGCCCUUGUUGUUACCAGCAUUUGACGUACCACAGUAUAUUAGAGAAAUCUCCUAGGAUACUGGGUAUGUGCCAUUCGACACAUGUUACUGUAAAACAAAAUGCACUAGCAUUCAGGGUUAAGUGAAUGGAGUCAAUAGAAAAGCUGUUGCGAGAUUUCAUGGGAGCCAAGAUGGAUUAAGGUUAGUUUUGAAAAUACCCACGUAGAUCAAGUGAGUCAUGUAUGCACAUUGUGUAGGGAGGAAUGUUUUGUGGUGGAAACGUCUCAGAGGGAUGAUCAGCCGAAUUGCGUGGACUCAAACCGCUAUUCACAAAACUGUUACAUGCAUGUUACAUGCUCAAAUGUGGAAUGCAUUCCUGAAACUGCACAGCUACUCUGGGUAAAUUUAUGAAUCACACUAGUCCCUUAUUGUGAGUUCCUCUGUUUCUGUCAGAAAAGAGAGAGGAAAGGUAGAGAAUGGUCCUUCCUUGGAACUUCUCAAUGUCUCUCACAUGUGUUGGACAGGCCAAAA